GAAGCAGGCUCGAGGCUGCGGUGAGCGAGCGGCCCGAGGCCGCGCUGACCCAUUCGCCUUCGGGAGCGGUCACCAUGUCGCUGGCACAGGGUGUGAUGGAGACCCCAGCGAGGGCCGCCCCGUUGUCCCACAGCAAGAUCCCCAUCCUGUCCGGGAGUCGGCACCGCUGCCCAGAUAGAGGACGUAGACGGGCGGACCAGGAGAAUUGGAACCCACAGGGGUCGAUACCCAGGAAGCCUCCUGGUGCUCAGCUCCCCGUGGGCACCCCGCCCCACCCCAGGCUCCAGCAGCUCCUGCAGACGCCUGGUCUGGAGGGACCAUCCAGUCCUCGGACCCCCUUGGAGGAGAUCAGACCUGUCAGUGCAGGGCAGAACUUGGGAUCUGGUCCCCCGCCGAAAAAAGAAGAGGUCCCCGGAGCCCUGGAGUUUGUGGCUGACCCCGCAGCUCUGGCCACUAUCCUGUCUGGUGUGGGGGUGUCGGCCAGCGGCCUGGGGCGCCAGCCCAGCCUGGCCCAGAGGGUACUGGUACGAGGGAGCCGAGGCGAUGUCUCCCGGCGGGUCCGGGGAGCUCGGGCCUCAGCCUACUUGGCUCCCAGGACACCCGCCCAGCGAUUCAACCUCAUCCGGGCUUCCUGCUUCUCCCGGUUGGAGGGGCCGGGACCCCGGUGUCGUCCCGUGGGCUCCCGGGAGCCCGAGGCCCAGCCCCUGGGACCACGACCUCACGUCAUCCUUGGCCCCCAGAAAAUGAGUGAACAGGCGACAGUCACCAGCCGGGCCCUGGUGGGCAAAGACUUUGGGCUACCCACAGCUGUAGCAGUGGCGCCAGGAGGGGAUCCUGGGCCCCUCAGGGGGCUGAGUGGGAGCCGUGUUGGACUGGCGACCCUGGGCCUGGCCCAGCGGGUGCCAGUGAAGGGGACCUGGAGGGCAGCGCCCGCCGCUGGAAGAAACGCUACCGGGAAAGGGGACAACCCCAUCCCCUGCCGGAUGCCUUCUGUGGCCCCCAAGAUGCCAAGCUCACCCGGCCGGGUGAUCCUCCCGGCAGCCCAGCCCCUGCCCUUAGGACUGGCCCAGCGUAUGCCUGCGGCUCACCCGCCUGCUCAGACAUCUUACUCUGUACGGCGACUCCUGGCAGCUUUCCCCAAGACUCCCCAGGCCACGACCCCAGCCCCCAGGGCCCACCAAGUGCCAUGGCCAGGUGACCUCUCGCCCCCGAGCUGCAUCCGGGGCUCAGGCUGCGAGGAGCCCGCGCCGCCCUGGGAGCAGAUCGCCGUGCGGCUGUUUGACCAGGAAAGCCAAGCAGAACAGAGUGAAGGUCCAGGGGAUCACCCCACUGCCGCUCCCCAAGAAGGAGAACCCCCUUCUCCCACCCCGCCGGCUGGAGGCCCCGGCCCCCAGGAGCAGAGCAGGCUGCAGCGCAUCGCUCUCCUGCAGCAGCUGCUACAAGAGGAGGUGGAGGGGCUCUCCAGGGCUGCGGGGGCUCGCGGCCACAACCUUCUUGACAAGCCGGAGGUGUCCCUGCCGCUGGCCGGAGCCCUGGCUUCUGUGACCCCGCCUCUGUCUGGAGCCCCGGCCUCCAUGCCCCCACGGGAGUCCAGCUCGGAGCCUCCCUCAGCAUCCCCCUCCCGCCUCCAGGGAGCCGGGUUUCUCUGUGGAAAACAGGGGCCCAGCCAGCAGCCAGCAGCAAGCACCAGCCUCACCUUCUCCUCCCAGCGACCCAUCUGCGCCAGCCCCUCCAUCCGUUCCACCCGCUCCCCCGGGCCCUCUGGGGCCGCAGCAGGGCUCUCUGGCCAGCUUCCUCUGGCCCUGGCCCUGCGACAGCGGCUGGCCAGGCGGAGAGCGGCCGCCCAGCAUUUCCAGGAGGCCUGCCUGGAUGAGGAGUGCGCCUUCUACACGGGGCGGAGCUCCCUCCCUGGUUCCCCCCGCCUUUGCAAAGACCCCGUGGCUACUUUGCUGGAGUGGCAGGAAGCCUUGGGCUUUGUUCCAAUCAGUAUUCCGGUCCCACAGGGCAGGUCCUGACUCCCGUCCUCAGUUGGAUGCCCCCAGCCUGCCCCCCCACCUCCCAUAUUUAUUUCCGGCUCCUCCCUUCCCGUGGAGGCAGGGGUCUAGAUUCUCUCGUUAUCUUAUUUCUGUUAAUAAAGAA